AUGGUGUCAACACAACACCGUGUCGUCGUCCUCUCCGACGCUGCCCUCUUCCCUCCUCCACUUCACGUCAAGAAGAAGCUUCGGAGAGCAACAUUUCGCCGGCGUACCCUACGUAAGUCAUCCUACUUUCAUCCCAGCAACGACACCGCGUGCGGUCCACUUGACGACAUUAUCGACGAAAUCACUGGCGACAUUUGGACGUCUCCGCCCGAGUGCUUUGAGUCGUCUUUUCUCGACUGUGAACGUCCCCUCAAGGCGUCGUCAACGUGGGCCGUGACGCCUCUGCCCGUCAGCCGCAUACCCAGCGAUCAGCCUCUGACGAUACGCAAGAACAGAAACAGCCGGUCAACAGCAUCCGGCUCGAGCGCGGGCUUCUCCAUGGCUUUCUCGCGAGAUAGCAGCCAGAAAAAGUCCUCAGACAGUCGCCGUAAAGUGAGUACCCCACCAGAUGAGUCCACGACGCCAUGGCCGUUAUUCGACACGGCGUCGCCGUACACGGACGCGCCCCAGAACACCUACUUGAAUAACACCAUCUGCACUGAUCACUCUACUGCGCAACAGGUCCUCGAGGCGAUUGCUCAGAAUACCGGGGCUUCUGCUCAGCCCACCGAGCGGCGCCCAUCUCUGAUGCGGCUCUUCACGAACGGUUUCUCGCGUCUUCGCCGGACGGGUACAGGUGACACAACGGCAAGCAACAUGUCGUCGCAUACCCCUUCACCUACCACUCCGUCGGAAAUGGACAAAGACGACUUGUCUGACUCGGAGACGCCUACGGACGCGGCUAUAGAGGCGUACCUAAGGAAGCACGGGCGCAAUGUGAAAGAGUUCGGGCUAGAAGUCACGUCCUCUCCAACUAUCCUAAAGGCCGCUGUCAAGGUUCUGCCGGAGGUGACGUUGCUUACUUCAGAGGACAGCCAAGACUUCUGGGUUGCUGUUGAGAUCGAGGGUGUACUGCACAAUCGCCGAGCUCUUGAGGACACGAGCAUUGAUUUGGUUUUUGUUGUGGAUAACGGAUACUAUGUCACUAAGGAAUGCCUCAGUCGAGCCUUGGACGCAGUUAUGGGAGCCGUUCAUCACCUGAGCCGCGGUGACCGGAUUGCGCUCUACACUACCCACUGCACCCAUGAGGUGGUUACCGGCACCGUGCCCGACCUACUGCAUCCUCUCCGACCAUUUACAGGAGACACCGAGGAGAUGUUCCAUGACUUGACGGAAGAUAUCGCGAAAUGUGGAACCCAAUCAUGGGACCCUCCUCGCCCUAAUCCUUCCAUGGCUGAUGUUACCCUCGCGGUAGCCAAGUCUCUGGACGGCAAGGAUAUCAAACGUAACCGCACCCAUAUUGUCUUGCUGUCGCCAACGGUAAACAUACUCCAUGGAGUGUCUAAUGGAUUCCCGAGCCUCUAUAUCCAUCAGAUCAACCCUGCUGUGCUCCCAUACCGCAACAGCCAAGACCCGCAGGAGAGAGCCUGCAGGGAGCCAUGCUGCGCAAACAUCUUCGUGAGUAACUGGUCCCACUACCAGUCGCUUCCCGGCCGCAUCAAGCAAAUUAUCCAGUACGCCCGCGUCGAGAAGCCACAGGGACAGAUCGGCAACGUCCAUGUUGACAUCCGCCCGAAGAAGGGCUGCGAAGUGCUUGGAUAUGUCGGCGCCACGGAUUUUGACUCCCUCCGGCCGGGGCAAGUCAUUUCCUUCUUUGUCCACAUCCGCGUCAUGCGGUCCCAGACCCAGGAACUUGACCUUAGCCCAACCGAUCCAUUCUUGAACUCUAACCUGGACGCGAGCGACUUGAGGCAGGAUGUUCAGAAGGCGCAUGCGGCUGGUGCUACCAAAGUUCAUCUCUUGUCCGUGCAGGUCAUGAACCAGAAUUCCUUGCUUCCUUUGGGGUGCUGGACCUACACCGAGGCUCAACUUCUCGUCAUCAAGGAGCUGGGGAGGUCGGAGAAGCCAUUCGGCACGGGUAUCAAGCUCUACGAGCGCAAGCUAUUCUACGACCUCAACGAGCUUGACAUUGCCGCUGCGAAGCACAAGCUUGAGCAGUGGGUGGUGGCUCCUCCUAUCGAAAUGGAAGCGGUCAAGAAGCUCAUUGAGCGCAUGUUGAAGGAGGUGCUCCACCGCCAGUCAAUUCAAGAGUACGAGAGGAUGUGCAGGCAGAAGCUCCCAUUGUGCCCGGGUCCCAUCGGCAUCGCGGCUACACACGAGUGGUUAAUCGAGAAAUGGGACGCGAAGAAGAACAAACGCAAGGGAAUGGCCGUUAUCUGAGCGUCCCCUGGCCCAUGUUCACCUCUUGGCACUACGUUUGGAACGCCUCAGCGUCGAUGUUCGAGCUCUGACUAGCUUGGGAAUCAUGUGAGAGGACUGAAGCCGGUCGGAAGCUAAUUUGGGGGGUUUGAUCAAAACGGUGGUUGAAAGUUGCUGGAAAAGCGUGAUGGAAGAGUUAGCGGAAGGACGCUCUCACAGACAUUGUAUAUAUAUCUGCGAACCGAGGGCAUGAUUGGAGCCGUCACUUGAUAUCCGUUCUUACGGGUAGCUAACGAUAUAAUUGGCCUUGCUC